AAAUGGAAAAGAUUUUGGAAACCGCGAUUACCCAAUCUCCAUAGUCUUCGUGUAGCCGAAACGAAAUAAGUUUCUAGCCUCGCACCCCUUCCCAAGUCACAGCCCUUUUUCACUGCCAGGCCUGUCCACUUUUUCCCGCCAUUGCGAUGUCUUCAACCGCCAUUUUGAGCUCUCCCAUUCAUUACUGACAUCGUAGCAUAGCAACCGGAGCACCGAACGGUGCCAUGGUCACUUCCAGAGAUGUCCAAGAUAUCAUUUCAAAGCUAUCUUCUGAUAAAGCUAAAGCUCGCGAGGAAGGGAUAAAGUUGUUGAAUACAUGGCUAGAGGGAGAAAAAGCGAUUGAUUUCUGUAAAUUUAUUGGACAGAACACUGCUAAGCUCAAGCCAGAAGAAAUUCCAUCUCCUGAAACGUGGCCUUUCAUCACAAAAUUGUUGAUCCAAUGUGUGUCAAUGGAGAUAUCUUCAAGCAAGCGGCGAGUGCCAAAGUUAAUAUUUGCGAAGACACUGAGAACUGUCAUUCAAAAAGCAGAAGAUAAUAAGUUUUCUGGCAACGCAGUACCCUUGAUAUCUGUGGUCAAGGUACUCUUUAGUCAUGCAUGGGACGUCUUGAGUACUGUAUCAUGCUUUCAGUCUGAGUAUGGAAUCAUUAUUAGGCAUCUAAUAGCUGUAAGAGAUUAUCGUUUUCAUUUGAGGAAGCGCAUAUACUGCAACCUCUUGCUUUUAUACUUGGAGAAGGUGGAAGGAAGUUUAGUCGGGAAGAAUGAUAAUCUGUAUACUCCCAAAGAGGAGCUUUUCCGUUGCAUCUUGACACUCCAUUCACUUUUGGAAAAUCCUCCUGGUGACUUCCCAGAUAGUAUUAGGCAAGAAAUUGUUAAUGGGAUUGCUAAGAUUUUCUCUCUUGUGAGGGACGAAGGAAAAGUAUCCCGCAAACUUAUUGAAUGUGUAAAUACAUACUUGUUAAAGGAUGGUCCUAAUCUAGGAAGUAGCUUAUUAGAGAUCCAUAAUUCUGUGCAAAAGUUUGUGUUUCGUUGUUGGAUGGUGACUCAUGAUCGAGCUCUAAAGGAUGCUCUUGUCCUCUAUGGAAGGUUACAAAUAAGUUUAACGAGAGGAGUUGAUGAUGAGAGGGUUUUGAUAGAACAACUACUCGAUGUACUUUAUAAGGAACUAGAUCAAAGCAGUAUAUCUAGUGUUGGGGGGGUGCCUUGGUCUGAUGCAAAUAAAGAUGAUAAAUUUGGAACCUUGAGUAGCUCACAUUGCGGGUUGGUAGAACUUGCUGCAGCUGUCCUCUAUCGGGCAUGUGUUACUUCUCCAAAAGCAAUAUCAACUGAAAAGCGGGUUAAAAGGGACCCUGCUAGUGUUCAUCUUAAAGAGGCACUUGCCGAAGGGAAAUGGUUAUGGAAUGCGACUUUCUGUUGUCUUAUCCGAAAUUACCAUUCCCGCAUCAGUAAGGAUCUUUUCACCUACUGGUUUGAGGCAAUUUGCUUAGAUUUCGAGAGAAUAUUGAAAGAUGCAAAUGUGGGGCAUUCUUAUGAUGGUUUAUUGUGGACAUUGCGGAGUUUGCAAGAACUUUCUGCUGUGUUAUUGGAUUCUACUGAACGGUCAGAAAGUUUGUCCGAGGAUAAGUUAUAUCAGGGAUGGCAAUCAAUAUGGAGCUGUUUGAUGCAUGGACUGCCCAUGUUUAGUCAUGUGUUUGUGGUGGCGGAAUCUGCUCUGUUGCUUCUUGGAAAAAUAAUUGAACGAGAUUUAAUGAAGACGUGUGUGAUUCCUCAAGAUGUUUGGGAACAUUUAUUUUUCAAACAAAUGCCGUCAAUAUCUGCUUUGUACUUAAUAUCUUGUUACUUCUCGAGAAAAGGGUCUCAAGGUGACCUUCGGGACAUUUUCCAUCUUAGGAAAAACCUUUUGAGAGCAGUUCUAGGUCUUCUUAACUUGAAGGAGGUUGCUAGUUUCAACGAGCAGUUGAUAGUCUUGUUGCCUACAGCUGUUCAUGCUCUUUGUGUGGGUUGUGCUCCUUCAAGAGAUGUUACAGGGGUUUUAGAUGAAUGUUUGAAGAAAGAUGUGAAAGAAACUUCUCAAGAUUGGUCGCAAGAAAUUUUCGAGUGUUCUGUGGAAAUUGUGGCCAAAAUACAUCUUAGUUCUAGUGUUAAGAUAUGCCCAUCCCGAGGCCGUAAGGCUAUUCAUUUGCCUCGUCAGAUCAGAGAUCCAUUGUUGGAUGAAAUGGAGACUUAUGUUCUUGGAGCAUUGAUUGAUAUGGAGAGGGAAAAAGUUCUUCCUUCGAAUAUCUUCAUUUUAUGUGCUCUAAUGGCAAACUUCAUUGAUGGUUCAACUUCGAUAAGGCAAUGGGAGAAAGCAUCUUUGUUCAUUUCCAGAUUGGGCCGCUUCAUUUUAGAAAUGAUGAAUCAUGCUGUUAAUGUAAUCCAAGGGUACUGCAGGGAUAUUAAACAUCCCAAUUUCUUUGGCUCUGAUUCCUUCCUUGACAUGACGGGCUCUGUUGUCACAUCCUUUAGAAGUUUUUCUUCCAGUUCUAUUUUCAACAUGGAAACAUGCUGUAAAGCUCUGGAUGUUGAUCUGUCUGGUGCAUUCAAUCUUUCAAUGGAAAAUCUUUUGAAAGCACUUUCUCACCUCUAUCAAGAAUAUUCUAUAUCCAAUAAGAAUCUUCGUUUUGAAAUAAUCUUGAAAGAUCUUGAUGCACCUGUUUCUCCUGUGGAGAAUUUCCCCCCGGCUGAUGCUGAAGUGAGUAGAAUUUUGGAUAUAGAAUUGGAUGUGAAUAAUGACUCCAAUGACAUGGAUGUUAAAAGGAGUAUGGCGCCUGGCAUGCUUUCGGCAACAGUUUGGAAGUUGAGGAUGAUAUCACUUAUUUCAAGUUUUUCCUCAGUUUUGCUUGAAGCUACAUGGGAGGUUCUGUUUGCACUCCUUGAGAACGAAUGUGAUUCAAAGGUAUGCGAAGAGAUUAUGUACCAUCUCAGCCAAAAUAUCCUGUGGUCGUCUUCGGAAAAAGUUCAGAACUUGAUGAAUAUAAUGGAUAAUAUGAUUAGUACAAAGGUAAAUCUUAAGUUGGAUUUGUCUAGCACACUAGACGCUGUUGGUGGUUUACUUAGGAACCUUUCAUCCUUGCAUGGGGUUGUAAGUAAGAAUGGUGGUCGAUUUCUUAAGGAUUCACAAUUUGAGAAGAACUUGGUUCGGAUUGGAAAAGUAGUGAACAGGAUUGCUGAAACUGACCUUCUUGACUGGUUGGGGCGUGUUAAGCUUAUUGAUUGCAUUUGUGACUUUAUUUUAAUCAAUCCAGAAAUCGGUCAGACAAUGAUUGAAAGGUUAUUUGUAAUGCUGCGGGAUCCUGAAUAUCGAGUUAGGUAUUCCCUGGCGAAACGAAUAGGUGUUCUCUUCCAGACAUGGGAUGGCCAUGAUGAACUUUUCCAGGAUAUAUGUUCCAGUUUUGGUGUUUCAUUGGUAUUGUGCUCAAAACAAAAAGUUGUUACAGCAAGGGAAGUCCUAGAUGCUGGUGUGCAGCUUUGUCCUACAAUGGAAACCAUAAUUGUCACACUUGGACAUCUUGCUUUACAUAGUGAUGCAAUAGAGUUGGAGGUUGUUUUCAUGAUGUGUGCAAUCUCGGCCAUUGAUCCUAGUCAAAGGGAAUUGGUCUCUGCCAUGCUUGAUAACCUGGCCAGAGAGCUCAAUUAUUCGGGAAGACAGAAGUACUUGGAGGAACUCAUUGGAUCAAUUCUCUUUUGUUGGGUUACUUGUGGUGUAAGUUUAGCUGCACUUAUUGAGAUAAGGCAGCUUUUUGUCUUGGAUGCUGAACCUAGUUACUUUAUUCAGUACUGCUGCCACUGGCUUCUUCCUGCUAUUAUUUUACGUGGUGAUGGUUCCAACCUUGGCUGGAUUGCUAGUGUUGCUGGCGAACCAGUGGAAGCUCUAAUUAGAAGAUAUUUUGUGCCAAUAUUUUCUUUUUGUAUGGCACUGCAUUGCAGUAAGAGCUCUGGAUGUGAAAAGGGAGCUAUAGUCCUUCAAAGUUCGAUGUUGCAUUUUGCCGGAAUAACUGAGAGUGAAAGAGACAUACUUAUAAAGAAACAUAUGGUGUCCAUUAUCAGCCAGAUCUUAGCUUUAGCAUCAUGUACUUCAGAACCUAUGAAUCCAUUCUUUCCAAAGGAUACUAUCGCGCUUGCUAUCCGAACCGUUGUUGAUGGUUUCUUGGAAAUGGAGAACAGAGAAACAACAAGUGGUGUUAUUGACAGAAUCAAUGUUUUCCGUCCAGACAGAGUAUUCACGUUUAUAGUAGAGAUGCACUACAAAAUCACAGAAGCAAUUCAUCACAGGCAUAAAUCUCAUCGAUUGGCGGCAAUUGAAGUGCUGAUCAAUAUUCUUGGUCACAGAGCUGUUGUUUCUAGCACUUCAAACUACCUAUUCAAUUUGAUUGGGCAAUUCAUUGACAAUAAAUCGUUACAAGACCAAUGUUGUCGCAUCUUUUCAAUCCUCUUGGAAUCUUUCCAAUCUAGUUCUAGCAAACAAAUCACUAGAGUCCUCGGAGAACAACUUCAGUUCUUGAUCUCAAAGCUGGUGGCAUGUUGCAUCCCCUCUAAAGCUGAUGGGGAUUCUCUUGGCAAUAAAUCAACUCACGUCAUAUCUUUGGUUCGCCAACUCACAGUGGAUUCUGAUUCAUCUCUCCAUGAUUAUGUCAAAGAACUGGAGCCCUUUCCUGACAUGGAUAUGUUUGAUGAUAUUCGAAAAUUCCAUCAGGAACUAUGCAGAGGGUAUUCUCCGAGGGAUCAUUUAUUGAGAUUAGUCAAGCGUUCUGGCAACCUACCGCCAAGAUUACUAUUAUGGAGUUUAAAAGCAUUGCAUAAGAAGCUGAUUGGGGGUCGAGUUUUUCACAGUGAGAAUAUUCAAAGUAUUGAUUGGCACAAUGAUCAUGAAGUGGAAGAUGCAGUCUGGAAACUUAUGCAAAUGUGUGGUUCAGAAGAUACGAGUUGUAUAAGGGAGUUGGUGUCAGAUUUUGUAUCUAGGGUUGGUAUAGGUGAUCCACACUGUGUUGUCUUCCAUCUACCUGGGGACUCUAAGACCAUUCACAUUUUUCGGCCUGUUGUCAAUGGCAGUGCUUCAGAAAUAAACUUCGAGAUUGAAACUGGCAUAUCUAAUGACCUUCUGGUUGAACUUUUAAAACAUUUGAAAAGGUACCUGAUGGAUGACUCUGUUAAAAUAGUUGAUAUGACGUCCCAAGUUCUCCAGGCUGUGCUCUCCACUGAAAAAGGUCAAAGUGCUCUACUCACGUUUGAUUCUUAUCAGAGAUCGCUUUUAGAGGUUCACUCGAAAGGGCUCAACAUCAAGCUGGUGGAUAGGUACUUAUUGGAUCUUGAAAGGAGAUUUAAAGCUGAGGCCAUUUCAGUGGAAAGUUCCACCGUGUGGGAGACCAAUGGUAAAACAUUCGGGAAGUGGAUUUGUCCAUUAGUAUACUCGCUAAUUGGACAUUCAAAUGAUGUGAUUCUAAGAUUAUGUCUAGAUAUUGUGCUGCUAAAAGCUGAGAUCGCUGAGCUUCUUUUACCCAGUGUAGUUGUCAAUCUAGCUGGAAGAAAGGAUUUGGAUAUUGAUCUUCACAAACUAAUUUCACUCCAGGUGCAAGAACACAUAUUUGUAGAAUCCAACAAGUUGAUUAAGUCAAUUCAAGUACUUCUGAAUACCCUCAAUGAACUUCGGUUAUACCAUGUCAUGGAACAAUCUUUUGUAUCUUUCAGGAAAGAUCAUUAUAAGUCUUCCAAGGCAUCAAGUAAGAGUUCUAGAUCCCGUUCCACCUCUAUUAAUUUUAGAGAUCCAGUGGCUGCAUCAAAUGCUUCUGUGAUGCCACCAUUCUCCUGGGACAAAGUUUAUUGGCUUUCCAUUGACUACCUUAUUGUUGCUAAAGCUGCAAUUUAUUCUGGUUCAUACUUUAGCUCUGUCAUGUACGUUGAGCAUUGGUGUGAAGAGCAUUUUGGAUGCCUUUCCCUGGGGACCCCGGAUUUUUCUUUCGUGGAAACGCUGCCACGUCAUAUUGAAAUACUUGUCUCAGCAGUCACUCGAAUCAAUGAACCUGAUAGCUUGUAUGGAAUUAUACGCUCUCACAAGUUGACAUCACAAAUCAUCACCUUUGAGCACGAGGGAAAUUGGAGCAAGGCCCUUGAAUAUUAUGACUUACGAGUACGAUCGGAUUCCAUGAUUCAAGAGGAUGGUGUUGUUAGAAGCAUUUCUAUGGAUAAGCAACCAAAACGUCAACAGUCAAUGUCUACCUUGGAAGAUGUGUCAGGACACUGGAAACCUUACAAGGGGGUUAUGAGAUCUCUGCAGAAAACUGGUUGUGCACACGUCCUGGAUUUAUAUUGCCAAGGAUUAACAUUCCGGGAUGACCAUGUUCAGCAUGAUUUAGAGUUCAUGGAACUGCAGUAUGAAGCUGCCUGGCGUGCAGGAAACUGGGAUUUCUCCUUGCUUUAUGCAGGACCUGAUUCUGGUUCAUCAAGUUGUCAAAACAAGAAUAUUCAUUUCAACGAAAACCUGCAUAGUUGUUUGCGGGCAUUGGAAGAAGGAGACUUUGAUGAAUUUUAUAUAAGGUUCAAAGAUUCAAAGCGGGAGUUAGUGUGGUCCAUAACUCAUGCAAGUGAAGAAAGCACCGAAUAUAUAUAUUCAACUAUAAUUAAGCUUCAGAUCUUUUAUCAUCUGGGCUUGGCUUGGGGAUUACGUUGGAUGGAUUCUGAAGAUUCAAUUUUUCUUCAUGGGAAUCCGAAAGUGUUCUCAGAUCAUGUGAUUCCCACAAUGGACCAGUUAUCUUUGCUGAAUUCUGAUUGGAGCUGUAUUCUGAAAAGUACUCAACUACAUAUGGAUUUAUUAGAACCUUUUAUAGCAUUUCGUCGAGUUCUACUUCAGGUUUUGAAAAGUAAGGAUUGUAUGGUGCAACAUCUUUUGCAAUCUGCUUCCACCCUUCGCAAGGGAUCUAGAUAUUCUCAAGCGGCUGACGCCUUACAUGAGUUAAAGUCUCUCUGUCUUCGAGAGGCAGAAGAGAACUCAGCACUGUAUUGGCUUGGAAGGCUUGAAGAAGCAAAGCUGUUGCGUGCCCAAGGGCAGCACUCAAUGGCAAUUAGCCUUGCAGAACAUGUUUCGCAACACUUCCAAUCCAGUGAGGAAGCUUCAGAUGUAUUACGCUUGGUGGGGAAGUGGCUAGCUGAAACUAGAUCGAGCAAUUCAAGAACUAUUCUAGAGAAGUACCUAAAACCGGCAGUAUCUCUUGCUGAGGGUCAGGAGUUCCUUACUAAGAAAUCAGUUGGGAGACAGAGCCAGACUCAUUUUCAUCUUGCACAUUAUGCUGAUGCUUUGUUUAGGAGUUAUGAAGAAAGACUCAACUCUAAUGAAUGGCAAGCAGCAAUGCAUCUGAGGAAGCAUAAGACAAUGGAGUUGGAAGCACUCAUUAGACGACUAAAAAGUUCAACAAAGGGAGAGAAGACUGACUUUACAGUGAAAAUACAAGAAUUACAAAAGCAACUUUCCAUGGACAGGGAAGAGGCAGACAAAUUGCAGGAUGACCGAGACAAUUUUCUCAGCCUAGCAUUAGAAGGAUAUAAACGAUGCUUGGAGGUUGGUGACAAAUAUGACGUGAGAGUGGUGUUUCGACUAGUUUCAUUGUGGUUCAGCCUUUCUUCUAGGCAAAAUGUCAUAAAUAACAUGCGGAGCACAAUUGCUGAGGUUCAGUCGUAUAAAUUUAUACCUCUGGUUUACCAAAUUGCUUCAAGAAUGGGCUGCGCAAAGGAUGGUCAAGGACCAAACAAUUUUCAGGUAGCCUUGGUUUCUCUCGUAAAAAAAAUGGCUAUAGACCAUCCAUACCACACUAUAUUUCAGCUUCUUGCCCUGGCAAACGGUGACCGUGUUAAAGACAAACAACGCAGCAGAAACUCAUUUAUUGUGGAUAUGGACAAAAAAUUUGCAGCAGAGUAUCUAUUAAAGGAGCUGUCAUCCAACCAUGGAGCUCUGAUUAGACAGGUCAAGCAAAUGGUAGAAAUCUAUAUCAAGCUUGCAGAACUGGAGACAAGGAGAGAGGAUACUAAUAAAAGGAUGAUGCUUCCAAGAGAACUGCGUAGUCUUCCGCCAUUGGAACUUGUACCUGUGGUGACGGCUACCUUUCCAGUUGACCGAAGUUGUCAAUAUCAGGAAGGUUCCUUCCCAUAUUUCAAAGGCUUGGCUGAUACAGUUAGGAUUAUGAAUGGCAUAAACGCUCCCAAAGUGAUUGAAUGCGAAGGUUCAGAUGGCCACAGAUACCGACAACUUGCAAAAUCAGGAAAUGAUGAUUUGCGACAAGAUGCUGUUAUGGAACAAUUUUUUGGAUUAGUCAACACGUUUCUCCAAAACCAUCAGGACGCAAAAAGGCGGAGAUUAGGAAUACGGACAUACAAGGUCGUUCCCUUUACUCCAAGUGCUGGUAUUCUUGAAUGGGUUGAUGGAACUAUUCCUCUCGGAGAAUAUCUUAUAGGAAGCACCAGAAAUGGAGGAGCUCAUGGCCGCUACAGAAUAGGAGAUUGGUCAUUUCUUGAAUGCAGAGAUUACAUGGCAAAAGAGAAGGACAAGCGUAAAGCAUUCCAGGAAGUUUCUGAGAAUUUCAGGCCCGUCAUGCAUUACUUUUUUUUGGAGAGGUUCUUACAACCAGCUGAUUGGUUUGAGAAGAGGCUUGCUUACACUCGAAGUGUGGCUGCUAGUUCAAUGGUUGGUUAUAUUGUUGGCUUAGGAGAUCGACAUUCCAUGAAUAUUUUAAUUGAUCAAGCUACGGCUGAGGUGGUUCACAUUGAUCUGGGAGUUGCCUUUGAACAAGGCUUGAUGCUUAAGACACCUGAGCGAGUUCCGUUCAGGCUUACAAGAGAUGUGAUUGAUGGCAUGGGUGUUACGGGGGUGGAAGGGGUUUUCAGAAGAUGUUGCGAAGAAACUCUCUCUGUUAUGCGGACAAAUAAAGAGGCGCUGCUAACCAUCAUUGAAGUUUUCAUCCAUGAUCCUCUGUAUAAAUGGGCUUUAUCCCCUCUGAAGGCAUUGCAGCGUCAAAAGGAAACUGAUGAUGACUUGGAGACUAGUCUCGAAGGCUCAGAAGAUGAAUAUGAAGGCAAUAAGGAUGCUGCACGUGCACUGUUGCGAGUCAAACAAAAACUAGAUGGAUAUGAAGAUGGCGAAAUGAGAAGUGUCCAUGGACAGGUCCAACAGCUUAUACAGGAUGCUAUCGACCCGGAUCGUUUGUGUCACAUGUUUCCUGGCUGGGGAGCCUGGUUGUGAUUGGUCUUAUUUACUUAUUGACGUCCCCAAUUGAGCACCCUAUAUCUUGUACAGGCGGAUCUUCUCUCUUUCUUCUUGCUCUUUUUGUAUAUAAUUUACAUGUACAUUCGCUCCCACCCCAAAAAAGAAAUAUGAUGUCAAUAACCUUCUUCAGUGUUCCAAACGUAGGUUCCCACAAUCUCCUCAAGACGUUUUUAUUUCAAAAACUCGCAAUCUUUUCUGAAUUUUGAUUUUUGAUGUUUAGAACUUCAAAAUGUAGAUUCCAACUAUCUAACCCAAUUCAUCUUGACUAAUGAUCGAUGGAGGUUUAAUACAAAGGAAAUGUUUCUGAAUUUAACUA